AUGGAGACCAUGGAAUUUUUCAUGGGUGACGCGUCGCCGGCGAGCGGGACGUUGACUGGGCUUGUCGACAGAGCGAGCGCGACGUUGACGACGUUAAGGGUCGUUCGGUGUCGUGCUGUGAAGAACAUGCGUGGUUUGGAGGUGUGCAAGCGCUUGAGAUCAUUGACGGUGGCGGAGUGCGCGUUGACGUCAUUGGCGGGGGCGAGCUCGUGUCGAGCGCUGGAGGAACUGUACGUGUAUGGUAAUCACAUCGAUUCCCUCGAAGAGCUUCAGAACGGAUGUUUCGAGCGACUUCGGACGCUAUGGCUGAACGAUAAUCGUUUACGAGCGCUAGAUGGCGUCGAGUUCCUCCGAAGCCUCCAACAUUUGAACGUCGCGCAAAAUCUACUUGAGCGGGUGCCAGACGGCACAACGACAAGCGCGCUAGAGCACCUGAACAUUGCGGGAAAUCCUAUUCGUUCGCUUUCGGACAUCGCGAUCGCGACUCGCGUGCCGUCAUUGACGAUUUGCGAUGACUUACACGGCGCUUGCUCUUUCUGUCGGGGUGAUUGGUACCGAUCGUACGUGUUGUGCGCGUUACCACAUUUAUGCGUGCUGGAUGGGCGUGACGUAUCUGUACUUGAGCGCCAGCAAGCGGAAGAGGAACACUCGGGGCGGCGUACAUGGUUCAACUUGCAGUGUGUACGAUUACGAGAGGCGUAUCGCCGCGCGAGGGACGAUGCUUUGGAACAUUUGAGUUCAAUAACGAAUCCCAUCGAGCACGAGUUAUUCAACGCCAGAGCGCACGGUAGUCGGAGCGAAGCAGACCGUGCUCUCGUAAAACUCAAUGAACGCGAGCAGGGAUUCUUCACACACGAGGAUCGCGCACGAGAAUCACUGGAGCGCACCAUAGCGCAAGUUUUUCGCGAUGCAGAGAUUUUGGCGGAGACUGUGAGAGAAGAACGAUUCCGAUUCACAGAAGCGGCGGACAUCACUUUCAGUGACGUCUACGAAAACUUCAAGGAACGAUGGCCGUCCACGGUAUUUCGUGCUGAAAGACUCCUGCAAUCAUUUCACGAUUUGAGCAAUGUCGUGAUCGCUUCUAACGUGGUCGAGCUUAAUUUGCACGCGACUGGAUUGGUUGAAAUUCCACACAAACUGAAUGAGUGCUCGAGACUCGAAACGUUGGUGCUCAGUAAUAACUCCAUCAAGCGUCUUAACAACUUGCCGCGUAGUGAAACUCUGCGCCAUCUGGACUUCGGAAAUAACAAAUUAUGGAAUUCAGCGGACAUCAAUGUGUUGACAGCGUGCGUGAUGAACGCAUCCUCCAUCGUGUUACGCGGAAACUGCAAGUGGCUGGCUGAAACGAAAUUUUAUGCACCCAUACUCGUGAAGUCCAUGCCCCGUUUACUCGUACUGGACGGCGUCGAGAUAACGACGGAUGUUCGUGCAAAGCAUAUGAAAACAGAGUGCACGUUAGAUGCGAGCGCAGUGAGGAGGCGAGGAAGAUCACACGUUGUCGCAUCAAAGGGGCGUUCGAUGCGGAUCGAGGAGUUCUCUUUGGAAUGCGAAUCCUUGCGAAGGACUAAAAUGUGCGAGAAGUUCGAGACGGUGCGUGUCGCACACGUCGCGCACAACUGUUUGCGCUCGAUAAAGGGGUUCGGAGUAUGUCGUCAGCUGCGACAUUUGUGUAUCGAAGGGAAUAAAUUAGUACGACUCGACGGAUUGAGUUUGCUGCGGGAACUGCGAUACUUGAACAUCAAGAACUGUGGCGUGAAAAAGCUUAACCCGGCGUGGUUUAUAUCUCUUAGCGAGCUCAGAUGCGUCAAUGUCGAAGAGAACGCGCUGAAAACGAUCUCAGUGCUGAAGCAGUGCUCUGAACUCUGUGAGAUUUAUGCGGCGCGCAACAAGUUGACAGAUGUGCAUGGAGUGCUUUCGCUCGCGAGCUUGCAGCAUCUUAGGUUGCUUUCAUUGCAAGGAAACGCCGUGAGCACAUCGAAGGGCUACCCUCAUCACGUGAUCUUCAAGUUUCCACAAAUCAACAUCUUGGAUACAGAUUACAUCAAUUCAGAGUUGCGUUCGGAGGCGGUGAAGAUGUACACCGGUCGAUUGACGGAAGACAUGAUUCCAACAGGGCAAAGUGCCUGUGCGCACAAAGUUAAUUUAUCCGGGCUGAAUCUGCUCCACCUAGACGGCGCUAUCGCCAAGGCGCACUUUCAAGGAAUGAAACAAAUCAAGCUGGAUAACAAUAGUUUGCACGAUGUCUCCGCUCUUGGCAACUUACCAUGUCUCACAAAACUUGAGCUACGAAACAACAGAAUCAACACAGUGUUUGGUCGAUUCGGAUUCUUUGCGAAACUUGAAUUUCUAGAUCUGAGUGGCAACUACAUCUCCUCCUUGAGCGUACUAUCGCUCGGCUGUUGCUCGAACCUUCGCACUCUGUUGCUAUGUGAUAAUUUUCUGACUAGGCUAGAUGGCAUCACCCAGCUCAAGUCGUUGCGCGUGCUGAAAGCGGAUAAAAAUAAACUGAACAGGAUCGACUCCAGUACGUUCGUUGGUUGCGACGCGCUCCGACUACUUUCACUUCGAAAAAAUGCAUUUCGAACUCUGAAACAUUUAUCGAAGUUGGUCUCUGUGCGAGAGUUACGACUGGACGGUAAUAGGGUCGACGACAUUGAAGAAAUUAGCUGGCUCGCAUGGCUCCCGCGCCUGAGAAUUUUAUCACUCGGCGGCAACAAAAUCGCUUCGGAAUGUGAUCGAUACGUCGAAUUUACGAUUAUGUGUUGUCGUGGAUUGAAACGACUGGACGGGGAGAGUGUCCUAAAAUCAUAA